AUGCCUGUUAAGGCUGGUUCAACAGCUAAAGCAACACAGAACUCCGUGACCCCUCCGCACGCCCCCAAACCCCCUCCGUCAGAUCCCACCAUGCCUGACCGACCUUCAAUGCGUCCUACCAACGGUGACGCGCAUGCGCUCAAAGAUAACCAGACUCCAAAGCCGAUGGCUCCAAGCGUGAACCGCAAGAAGCAGAAAAGAAGGCAAAAACAAGCUGCUCGCUUGGCCGCGGAGAAUAAUCCUCAGAACGGAUAUGCAUCGACAGAUGUCACCGACCACGCAGGACCGGAAGACCACCCCUACGAUGAGCCCGAUCUGGAUGAAGUUGAACCACAGCAUUCUACCAACGGCGACGUGUAUUCCGAUGAUGAUCAAGUUUCUAUUGAUGCGUAUCACGGGACACCUAAUCAUGUUCACCAAGCGGUACCGGGCAGGAAAUCCAAAAAGAGAAAGGGUAAAAAAGGCAGUCCUGGUUCUCGGAUUCUUGCAGAUGGUAGCUCUACUCCUCGAUCUACCCCAUCCGUUUCCAUGUCGCACGCCUUUCCUCCCCCUCUUCCCCCGCAUUUCGGACCCCGCGCGAUUUUAAAAUCUGCCAAAGAACGCAGUAUCUGGAAUACUUCGACGCAAGAAGAGCGAGAAAACAUUAAAACUUUCUGGCUUGAAUUAGGCGAGGAGGAACGACGACAAUUGGUCAAGGUGGAGAAGGAUGCGGUCUUGAAGAAGAUGAAGGAGCAGCAGAAACACUCGUGUAGCUGUACUGUGUGUGGGCGAAAGCGGACGGCCAUCGAAGAAGAGCUCGAGGUACUCUACGAUGCGUACUACGAAGAGCUCGAACAGUACGCCAAUAAUAACCAAGGUUCCUUCGAGAAGAACUCGCCGAUUGUUCCCCCUCCUCGUUUAUAUCAUCCACCAUUACGAUCCCCUGGCCAACAUACCCGUACGCAUGGCCAAUUCCAUCCCUCACGGGGUCGCGUCCAUGAAUUGCCAGAAGAGGAAGAAGAAGAUUUGGAAGAAGAGGAGUACGACGAAGAGGACGAGGACGACGAACCAUACAGCGAUGAAGAGGAGGAAGACGAGGAUCUCGAGGACGAGGACACCCGAGCUGCCCGCGCGGAUUUCUUUGCCUUUGGAAACAGCCUAACGGUAAAAGAUGGGAUCCUUACAGUCGCGGACGACUUAUUAAAAAAUGAUGGGAAACAUUUCAUCGACAUGAUGGAACAGCUAGCCGAACGUCGAAUGCAGCGGGAGGAAGAUACCCAGUACGGCAUCGCCGCAGCACAUCAAUCUCUGCAUGGCGGCCACAACCACGAUCCUCUCGACGAAGAAGACUAUGACGACGAAGAGGAUGAAGACUACGAUAGUCAGGAGGAAGAAGAUUAUGAGGAAGAUGAAAUGGACGCCAUGACCGAAGAGCAACGCAUGGAGGAAGGAAGACGAAUGUUCCAAAUCUUUGCAGCCCGAAUGUUUGAACAACGCGUCUUAACAGCUUACCGGGAGAAGGUUGCCGAGCAGCGACAACAAAAGCUCAUCGAGGAGCUGUUGGAAGAGGAGAACCGGAACGAACAGCGGUCCGCCAAGAAAGCUCGAGAAGCUGAAAAGAAGAAGGAGAAAAAGCGACUUCAGAGGCAGGCUAAGGAGGAAGAAAAGGCGCGACGCGAGGCGGAGAAGGCUGCAGAGGAAGCUGCAGCGAAGGCCGCGCAGGAGAAGAAACAGGAAGAGCAACGGCGCAAACGUGAAGAGCAGCGGAAGAAACGGGAAGCCGAGCGGAAAGCCCAAGAAGAAGAGCGUGUACGCAAAGAAGCCGAGAAGCAACGACGCCUCCGCGAAGAGAGAGAACGGCAGGCGGAAGCCGAGAAAAAGCAUCGCGAGGAAAAGAAGCGACGUGAGGAUGCCCGGCGAAAGGAACAAGAGGAACGCGAAGCUCGAGAGAAGGGAACCACCUGCGAGGAAGAGUUGCGAAAGAAGCAGCAAGAACCGAUCCUCCCAAGUGUCCCUAUUCCGUACAACCUGCCACAUCCCCAGGGGCCAUCGCCGCACUCUCAAAUCGCUACGCCCGUGGUUCCCAAGGCACCUACGCCUGCCAGGGUCCGUCAACCAUCUCGCCAGGGCUCGCACGCGUCGUCGCCACGAUCACAGGCUGCCAGCGCAGAACAUUCGCAAUUCUCCGUCUCUCCGCGAUCUAUGCCUCCAUCUGGAACCCCGAGCACAACGUCCAGACAAGGAUUUACACAGUAUCCGAUGCUACACACCCCCCAACCGUCUACGCCGUUAUCGCCUCUUGGUUCCACAACUAGAGCCCAUCCGCCGGGAUUAUUCGGCAUCAACGGUUUGCCAUCUCACCCUCCCCCUGGUCUAUCAGGCAUGCCUCCUCGGCCGCCAAUGGGCCCAGAAUUGCCUGCGUACCCGCCACACACUGGGUCUCUAAUGAGCCCAUUGCGCGGGUUUCCUGCACCAAAUGGGAUCCCGGUUCCUCCAGGGAUUAAUGGAGUCCGUCCGAUGCCGCCUGGGCGAGGUUUCCCGCUCGAUCCGGGGCAUGGUCUUCCCUUCCAUGGCCAGCAGCCGAUGACGAACGCAUUCUCUCCGCAUCAGAAUGGAUUGUCGCAGGUUCAUUCUAGGCAGCCGUCUAACUCCUUUGAACGGUCUCCUCUAAAUACCCAAGCCCAACCCCUCCCUAUUUCCCGACCCAGUCCGAUCAAACGUCCUUCCAGUACGGCUCCACAGGAUCAGCAGCAAGCCAACAGGCGCACUCCCGCACAGCAAGAUGUGGAAGAGUUAAGCACACAUCUAGGCAGCAGUGCUCUUCUUGAUGACACUGAUGCGCCAUUGCCCUCGAGUCUAUCCCAGUCUCUCCCAGGUGCAACGGUACCGGGACCUUUCCGAGAGCCAACUCGUGCUAGCUUCGCGGCACCGUCAUAUUUCGCUGAUCCUCUCGCGUCGAAACCUCCUAGUUUCUCAUUGAACCAUAGUGGAGUAGGGAGCAACACUUGGGGACCACCACCACUUCCCUUUGGUACCUCUCCAUUCCCUGGGUCAACAGCAUGGGGUACUGGACCUGGAAGCGGCUGGUCAAACAACGCUUUCGGGGCUACAAGUUUCCAUCGCCCACACACGUCGCGGCCUGUUACAAUCCGGUUACUGGUGAUACAAGCCUGCAAGCAGCUUAACACCAUUAUUCCUUCUAAAGAUGCAAGCAGCUACCAUGAUGUGCACCUUGUUCUCCGCCAGAUCGAACAAUUAAAACCGCCCAGCGAGCCUGCUAUUUCCUUGAAGGAGAUGCUCGACAUCUGCGACACGGAAGGCAACCCGCAAAACGGCGGUGGUUCGUUUUCAAUCCGCGACGGCGAGAAUGGACAGUUCGUCAAAUUCGAGUCGGAUACUAACAGUGCUGCUUCAGGCCACAGAGGCAGCAUUGUCCCCGGUGAAAUCGGGAGUCCAAUUACAAAUAGCAGCGUACCUGCAUUUGGCGGCGUUGGCGGCUCUUCUGCACUACGGCAGUUCACUUCUCCUCAAGCCGGCUUUUAA